CAAAACAACCCCCCCCCCUCCCACGAAACGCCAUUUUCACGUCCCUUGAAGAUUCCUCCUCUUCAUCGGUAGCUUUUCCCUCCCUCCUGAAGAAGUCUCCGAAGGACGUCUGGGACAGCGUCGUCCAUGGAAAGAUGAACGGCUCCAUCAAAUGGUCAGAUGAAUCAACACGUGAAUUCAUCCAGCUGCGGUACAAACUUCGCCACCUUUUUAAUGGGCGAAAACAUCAGUGUGAAAAGGCUUAUAGUCGUAUUGUUGAGGAACUUGGGCUAACAAAUAUUAUAACACCAACCCAAGCCCGGAAAAAAUGGUCCAAUUUACUUCAGAAAUAUAUGGACAUUAAAGGAGGCUACUCAACAGCCAAUGCAGACUGGCCAUACUUCCAAAUACUUGAUCAAAUUGUUCCUCUUAUGAGGAAAGAGAAGAUCGAGAAAGUUCCGCCAGCAUCCGUUGACCACAGCGACAUUGAAGCCGCUCAGGAGAGUCUGCAAAGCCCCUUAACCACCCCUGUUGUAGCUGCCAGAGAUCCCCUUGGUGUGACGACAGUGGAAUCGGUAAUGGUGUCAGCUCAGCCUUCUACACCUUCAGGGGACCAGUGCAAGACAGAGACAGCUGAUGGGGAGCCUCCAAGAAAAAGAGGGAGGAGUCGCCGUGCAGCCCAACGAGCAAGGGAUAGGUGGUGGGGAGCAGUGGAGGACGAUGACAUGGGCUCUGACUCAACAAGCUCGGCAGUCAAAGGGGAAAUAUCUGGUCUGCGAAUGUCAAGCAAGUCAUCUGUGAGUGAGAGCCUUGACCCUACGCAGAUGGAGGUCCAGACUUUCCAGAUGCUAGAAUCUUGCUCUAAUACCCUAGCAGACAUCAGAGAGACACUGAAGAUGCAUGCUGAGCAACAGGAAAGCAUCAUGCAGAGCUUACAGCAGACAGUAGUGAGUCAGGGAAACACCAUCAAGGAACUGCUGUCAACCAUGACAAGCCAGAAUGCAACACUGAUUGCCCUCAUGACACAGCUGUCAACAGGCGCUGCACCUCAGCUAGGCAUAGCUAGUGGUAGUUUCAGCCAGCAGAAGCACCGAGAAACCCAGGCGUCUCACCCUCACCAGCAGAACCAGCUCCUCUCGUCGCAACAGAAUAUCAUCAGCGCACUUUCCCAUGAGACCCAAGACUGCGAGACUUCCCUAGUUGAGAAUUCAGAAUUGUCAGAUGAUAUAACAGGCUUGUAGGGGUGGGAGGCCAUGUUGGUUAGGAGUGUUAUCAAUUUUUCGUGCCUAAUAUUUAGGUGUAUCAUGUGGGUGAUUACCCCUUGGUUUGUUGUUUGCAUUCUCGAGAUUUGUUAUGGAAAUUUUUUGGUAUUAUGUUUGGGUGAAUGUGUGAACACUAAUCAGUUCACAUAUCAAAAUAGUGAGUGACAAUGUACAAAACCUGAUCUGAAAAUAAAUGCUUUAUUUUGU